ACCGGCACACCUCACAAUGUCUUCCUCAACACGUCACGCCCGCCCACUUCUCAGAGGCCUGCAGCGGUCGGUUCCAAGGCCCAAUCCAUCCAGGUCAAAUGGCUACCAUUCCUACGAGCAUGCGCAGCCGGCGCCAUACCCACCCGUAGAAUCGUCUAUCCUGUCUUCUGCCCUCUCGCAUGUUCCGACCCAUGGCUUCACAGCCACUGCCCUGAAGCUAGGCGCUCGCGAAGCCGGCUAUCUUGACGUCUCCACGAACCUCUUCCCGCGCGGCGCCUUCGAUUUGAUACAAUACCAUCUUGUCAUGCGGCGGUUGGGGCUUAGGGAUUCAGUUCAGUUCCCGCAGGAGUCCGAGGGCAAGAGAGUAGGCGUAGGUGCAAAGGUCAGAUUGUUGACCUUGGAAAGGCUUCGCGCCAACAAGCCUAUCAUACAUAAGUGGCAAGAGGCCCUUGCUGUUAUGGCCCAACCGUCCUACGUGCCGGCGUCACUCGCCGAGCUGGGGAAGCUGGCGGAUGAGAUUUGGUUCCUCGCUGGCGAUACAAGCGUCGACAGUAGCUGGUACACCAAGCGCGCAAGCUUGUCAGCUAUUUACUCCAGCGCAGAAGUCUUCAUGACCCAAGACCAAUCCACCGACUUCAAGGAUACAGAAAGGUUUUUGGACUCUAGGUUGGAGGACCUGAGGAGGUUCGGAGGCGCAACCGGUGCGCUUUCAGAAUGGCUGGACUACACGGGCCAUUCGGUUGUGAAUGUGCUCAGAAGCAAAGGUGUGCGCAUAUAGGCUCCAGGUGCCGGGACCAGUAGCACGGCGUAAAUAGAUUUAUUCAUCAAAGUGGCUCCAG